GCCAGUCAGCCUCGGACUGACGCGUUAAAAUCUCAAAAUUUUCGUAACUUGAUAUAUAUUUUUUUUUUUUGGAUAAUGCAAGACUUUAUUUUGUGACGUUGACGCUGGCCUUAUAAAUCGGAUUGACGCGUGGUGUUUCACACGUUCAGUUUUUUAUGUGCUUGUUACAUGAAACAUUGUAGUAAACCUGUGUGUGUGGUGCCGGUGAAAUAUUUCUCGUAGCUAGGACGAGUCCCCGGAGGAGUCGUUGACGAAAAACUCACGAUGCCAUUGAAGAAAACAGUGCCAAAAACAUCAUAGAGACUACAAAAUGAAGCCAACACAUAUUAUAAUACUGUAAAUAAAACUCAUGGCAACGAAACCGCAUCCGACAGCAGACCAAAUAAAAUAAUGGGUCUUCAAAGGUGAUAAUUAUAGAAAAUGGCCAACGAAAGACUGCCAUUGCACAUUUGUAAUUCAAUUAAACAAUACGUUACUCAAAUCAGAAUAACUAAACAAUUAUCAAUCCAAGAUAAAGUCAAUCUGCUGAUAUUGCUGGUAUUGCUCUUAACCCAAAAUAGUAUGUGCAACGGAUUUAACAGCCGUAAUUCGAUGCUGAGGACCAGAGUAAUCGGCACUCGCUACGGAAAACUCCAAGGGGUAAUUUUACCUAUGGAUCAGCACAAGUACUUGAAACCUGUCGAGGCGUACCUCGGGGUGCCAUAUGCCACACCACCCACGGGUUCUAACAGAUUUGCGCCAACACGAGCUCCAGCACCAUGGGAUGAGGUGAAAAUGGUGGACCAAAUGGGACCAGUCUGCCCACAGAGACUGCCGGAUAUUUCGAACGAGACCUUAGCUUUAGAGAGAAUGCCUAAGGGACGUCUGGAAUACUUAAGGAGAUUGCUUCCUCGGCUUAAGAAUCAGAGUGAAGACUGUCUAUAUAUGAACAUCUAUACACCAGUUCAAGUUGGGCCAACGCUCCAAGCCAAGUACCCAGUAAUCGUUUUCAUUCACGGGGAGUCUUUCGAAUGGAAUUCCGGUAAUGUUUACGAUGGCUCCGUGUUGGCUAGCUACGCUGGAUUAGUUGUUAUCACCAUCAAUUACAGGCUCGGUAUCCUUGGAUUUCUGAACGCCAAUCCUAUACCACACCUUAAAGCCAGAGUGGCAAACUACGGACUAAUGGACCAAAUAGCAGCCUUGCACUGGGUUCAACAGAACAUCGCGCUUUUUGGAGGGGAUGCUGGCAAUGUAACCAUGCUUGGACAUGGCUCAGGAGCGGCUUGUAUCAAUUUCUUGAUGAUAUCUCCAACUGUCAUGCAAGGUUUGUUUCAUCGAGCGAUCCUUCUGUCGGGGUCAGCGUUGAGCUCAUGGGCGUUAGUAGAAGACCCAGUCAGCUAUGCCGUCCAAUUAGCGAAGCAAUCCAACUGCACUCUACCUGAAGACAUAGUCAAAGAUCAUGAGCUAAUAGUGGACUGUCUAAGAGAAGUUCCACUAGAAGAGUUGAUGUCAGAAGCAAUCAAUACACCGAGCUAUUUAACUGCCUUUGGGCCAUCAGUUGACGGUGUGGUCGUCAAAACAGAUUACGCUAAAGAACUCUUAACUUAUUUCAUACCAAACGACCUUCAAGGGUUCACCAGCGUGUCAGGAGUGAAUAAUUUCAAAGCUGACAAACGGAGUGGCGAUAGGAUAUUUGGAAUCAGAGGUGGCCAAAAUAAAUACGAUCUUCUAUUCGGCGUUGUGACCAGUGAGGCACUGUGGAAAUUCUCCGCUCAGGACAUUCAAAACGGCUUCGAGGGUGAAAGGCGGGACAGAAUAAUAAGGACUUACGUAAGAAACGCUUAUACAUAUCAUUUGAGUGAAAUAUUUUUCACGAUUGUAAACGAAUAUACUGAUUGGGAGAGAACAGUACAGCACCCAAUCAAUACAAGAGAUGCAGCUGUUUUGGCGAUAUCAGACGCCCAGUAUGUGGCUCCGCUGGUCCAAACUGGUGAUUUCCUUAGUGUAGCCAAGAGCUCCCCUGACUCUGGACCGAACACAUUCUUUUACGUCUUCGACUAUCAAACUAAAGACGGAGAUUAUCCACAGAGAAUGGGAUCAGUCCAUGGAGAAGAACUGCCGUAUCUCUUCGGAGCUCCACUGGUUGAAGGCCUUGGACACUUUCCAAAGAACUAUACGAAGUCCGAAGUUGCACUAUCGGAGUCCUUUAUACAAUAUAUUGCUAACUUCGGACGGAGUGGCAAUCCCAAUGAAGCCCAACGCAUGGAAUCUAUACUUCCAAUAUCAAGAGAAAGGAACAAAUAUAAAAGUAUAGUUUGGGACGAAUACGAUACCUUACAUCAAAAAUACUUGGAAAUCGGAAUGAAGCCUCGGAUGAAAAACCAUUACCGUGCCCACCAGCUGUCGGUUUGGCUGCGUCUAAUCCCGGAAAUCCACAGAGCGGGGAUGAAGGACGUGGUCGCCAAACACAACCUUUUCAGGAACCACAACGACCCCGAGCUGUACGACGGUUUAGUGCGGCCCGAUCCCCUCACCCGGGCAAACUACUUCGAUCCGACGCUCGAGCUCUACCGCAAACCGAUUUACAACGUAACAUUGGACGUUCCGUCCACUACAAUGGACACUUACGUCACUACAUGUAUCAGCGUUAUGUCCGCUCGUCCGGGCUCGGCGGUCACACAGAGCCAAGUUCCGAACAACACGCACACUCAGGACGUCUCGAACUUGGAAGUAGCUGGUUACACGGCCUACUCCACAGCGUUAAGUGUUACGAUAGCGAUCGGUUGUUCCCUACUCAUCCUGAACGUUUUAAUAUUCGCUGGAGUUUAUUACCAAAGAGAUAAAACGAGAUUGCAGGUCAAGGCGUUGCAACAACAGCAAAAGAGGAAUCAUAAUUCGACUUUCGAUAGUGUAUCUUCAAAGCACCCUCAUUAUUUUGUGGGACAUUCUCAGAGCUCGAGUACGAUCGUGGACAUCGACCAUCAGGACAAAAACGCUAUCAUAGCCAUGACGAAUAGGGUGCCCCAUUUUACGGGCACAAAUUGCCCGAACGUUUGUCACACGGGAAUACAAAUGUCCAAUCUGACGCAAAAAUCGAGUCCUCCAUCGAAUCGAGGUCAAUGCACGACAUUACCCAGGAAAGUGGGGUUCAGUUACCAACAACCUAAUCAGAUUUGUAACGCGUCAAACUGCAUGACGCUACCUAAGAAUGCCACAUUUAGUGCUAAUAAUUUACCCGAUGUUCAAGCACAGACUGGACAGUCACAGAGUGCUGGGAACGGUGUACCUCCAUCCUCGCCCCAAGCCCAGCACUUCUCCCAAAAGCCAAGAGUACCUCAGGCAGCGAUGUCAGAAAUGAACGUAUGAGAUAUGGAAGAUAUUUACAAUUAUGUGUAAAGGACACUUGAGUGCGCUGAUUACGGACAAAGCAUGGUUGUAAAUAUCAAUUUGACAAAUGUGUAAAGUGAACUGUGGAUAUAUACGUGUAAAGUCUUAAUUAUUUGUAUUAUCUUUAAUGUAAUUAAAUUUGAUCGAAAUGUCAGGUUUGUAAUAUUUUAAUUCAAUAUUAUGAUGUUAAAUAUUUGUGUCGUAUUUCUAAGCGGGUCCUCUGCAAUCAGUGUGUACAUAGUUGGGCGUACCUGGAAACGACACAUAAAUUCAAAUAUGAAUUUAAAAUAAUAAACGUAUAUAAUUAAUAGAAAGAACAAUAGCGAAUCUUUACUUUCUUAAUAGCAAAAAUAUAUUGAAAUAUAAAACUCACAAACAUUCUCUGAGAAGUGUAAUAAAUUGCAUGACUUGUAAUGUAAAUUGUUUCAUGAAUAAUGUAAAUAGUAAUCGAUUAAUUCAUAGUAAUGUUAUAUCCGUUCAAAAUGGAUGACAUAAUUAUUAAAUAGGAAAUCUACAUUGCAUUUAAUAUUUAGGUAGAAAAAGCAUCGUAAUGAAAUUGUGAAAUUAAAUAUAUUUUAUGUAAAUGAUUAUUUAAUAAUAAAACGUUUGUUGAAAUAACAGAAAAGUUCUCGAACAAAGGCAAACCUUAAAAUCAAUAAUAAGCAUAGGUUUAUUUUGGCUAAAAUAUCGCAAACGUAUUCCCUCAAUCUGUUUUUCCCCUUAAAAUAAAAACAAAAAAAACAUGAAAAUUUUGUAUAAUACUUUGCUUAGUCGUAGGUUUUGAUGCCAAUCUUUAACUUGUGGGUCUGAUCUACGAUGAAAUUUUUACCAAAACAUACAAACAUACACGGCACUGAAAGCAUUUUAAAGCAUACAUUUAUUUAUUUAAAUCCACGAAUUUUACAAUUUUUGUGGCCACUAACGACAUAAGCCGAAUACAAAGUAACCGAAACAAAUAUAUAUCUGGUAAACUCACAGUAACACUCACUCACUCAUCCUAGUGCUACCAAAAGCACCAACUAAUUUAAUAGAUACUACGUUUGAAGACGCCACAUCGUGAACACGUGUUGAAGUAUCAAUUACUUCCAAAUAUCUUAUUCUAUUUUUAACUAAGGUACCCCUUAUAGAUCUCUUAUUUUUGGCAUAAUUAUUCAAAAGGAGAAUUUUAAAAAUCAAGAAGCUAAACUAUAAAAUAUGUAUGUGUAUCAUCCAGGAAAAAGAUGCAUCAACAUUUUUAUACUUUGGACAUUUAAUUCAAGUGAAACACAUUGGAUUUAUUGGGAUAUACAGCUACUUGUUUCACUGGUACAUAAACUACCAGUGGGUUUGAGGAUCCAUGGGUACGUAAAAUCGUGAACAAGCGCAGCGUGGGUCACGUAAUUUGUCACGAUAAAAAGCAUUAUCUUAUAUUGUGUUUAUUCAGAUAAUAAAGUAUCAAUGGGCAAAUUUUCAUUUGAGUUCGUUAAGUCAUUUUUGGCCAAUUGAGUCACAACCUAUAAAUUACCUUUCCAUAUAAAUUAGUGAAUUCGAUAUUUUUUCUCAAGUUUGUAUUGAAUUUCUAUGAUAGGAAGCAGGCUCUUGUACUUUGAAAAAUGAGCCAGAUAAAUCAGGUUUCGAGUCUAAUAAUGAAUUCCCAAACAAUUUACGGUCUGAUUGAUGGUCUAUUUGGCCCUUAUAAGUGUAAAUAAAACUAAUUAGUGUAACGAAGACUGUGUAAUGAACGCUAAGGUUAAUUAUCCUGUUUCGGUAUUUAACGUGAUAGGCAGAAGUAUUAAAAAAAAAUUAAAAUCAAACUUCUUACGUAAUAUUUAGCAGAGAGAGAAAAAUUAAUAACAUUCUUUGAACUGAAUUAAUGAUCUAUCGACUCUUCUGACAUUGGUCGAAGGAAUAAAUUCUCAAAGUCAACCUUUUCAACGUCUGACACAAAAUUUUCCUCUUCAAGUUCACUAGAAUGCCAAUUCAAUCACGUCCUAAUUACUUGUGGAAAAUGAAUAAAAUAUUUAACGUUCCCUUACUUCGCAGAAUAUUCGAUUUUGCUUCCACGUGCGGCUUUAGAAGGGCGUAUAGAAAGGAAAUGAAAAAAAUGGAAUAAUCGAGAACAAACGUCAGCCUUGAUAACAGCGUGUUACAAUUUUACGAUCUACGUGAUCGCGAUUCCAUCUCUCACCUCUUUUUUUACUCGAUUGCUGGUUGGGUGGGAUUUUGAGCUCUACGCUUCAGAUGGUGUUUUCGUUAACAGUUAAAGUCAAGGUUCGAAAGCUUACUUUAAAUGUCACUAUGCCAACACUAUGAUACCGAGAGAUGAGCAAACAACUCAGUCUAUAUAUAUAUAAUGUAAAUAUGUACAUUAUCGACUAUGAGCACUCAUGAAAAAUUUUCACUCCAACUGAAAAUACUAUAGACCAAGACAAACUCUUGACAUGCGAACAUAAUAGUACCGUAACUUUGUUCAAAAGAAAAAUAAUGAUAAAGAAGAAACUGGUUAAUUAUUAAUGUUAAUAAAAGCUGUUUUACUGUACGGGAUUUAACGUUUCAAAACCACUAUUAAACUAACCAUACAAUUAAAACAGCACGAAUAAACAUGUCAACAUAAAAAUACUUCUGCCUCUCACACCACUAUUUAUUUCCUCGUAUAUUACCAUUACAACGUAUAUUAUUUUAUCAUUCUUGUAACUUUAUUAUCUUUAGUUAAAUAAAAUUAUAUAUGUUUAUAGUAAGCGUUAUUAAGGAAUCUUAUGACAAUUAUCGAGAUUUGGUAAAGACGAAAUAAACUCCUUAAAUACAUUGUUUUGAUUUA